UUUAGGAAAAAGCCUGUGCGAGUCCGGUGACUUUUUGCUCUCCUGCACCUGAUGGUGUAUUUUAUUUGCUAUAAAUAACUUACAGUUGCGGCUGCUUCCUUUUUUUCCCCCUCUAUAUAAUACUCUUGCAAGGGGAAUUUUAUAACAACCGGAGCGAUCAAAGAACUUUAAGUAGCACUUAGUGUUUUAUGAGCCUUUUUCUCCUUGUCAUUUGUUUUGGACGGUUGUUCUGCUAUAGUUGCAAAGUUUUAAACGCGGUCUGUAAUUAUAGUGAAAUUCACUGAAAUUCUCCGGUGUACCGCUCGCAAUUGUCCCGCAGGGGGCGCUGUCGCUCCUGCGAGUCGGAACAAGCCUGAUCAGCAUGGUGACUGAUUGGGUGUGUUCCUGCCAUUAAAACAUUAUGUCUUCACAUCAAUUAACUGUGGUUGAAAUAAAAUAAUUUUAAAUGGGGGGAUUUAAAAUUAAAAUGCAAAAUACCGCACGCGGUUAAUAAUUUUUCAGUCUUUUAUUUUAUUUAUUUUUUUUAAUCAGCGGUACUUCCUGGAUGAAGACAGACGGGCUCUGUGCGCCUCCAGAAAGCCUGCGCGCCGCGCAUUCUCCGCGCAGCACAAUUCAGGACGUCAUCUCGUUUCUUGGCUGUUUAGGGGGAAAUUGUGCCGCCGCUCAGUAGUGUAGUGUUUGGGUUAUUUUCUCUCUCUCCCCCAUCCAUACAUAGUAGUAGAAUAAGCAAUGGCCGGAGCUUCGUCGCUGGAGGCAGUGAAACGAAAGAUCAAAUCCUUGCAAGAGCAGGCAGACGGUGCUGAAGACAGAGCCGAGAGAUUACAGAAGGAGUUGCUUGAGCAGAAGAAAGCCAGGGAACAAGCUGAGGGAGAUGUCGCCUCCCUUAACAGACGUAUCCAGCUGGUUGAGGAGGAGUUGGAUCGUGCUCAGGAGCGUCUGGCUACUGCCCUGACCAAGCUGGAGGAGGCUGAGAAGGCUGCUGAUGAGAGUGAGAGAGGCAUGAAGGUCAUUGAGAACAGGGCCAUGAAGGAUGAGGAGAAGAUGGAGAUCCAGGAGAUCCAGCUCAAAGAGGCCAAACACAUCGCUGAGGAGGCUGACCGCAAAUAUGAGGAGGUGGCUCGUAAACUGGUCAUCAUUGAGGGUGACCUGGAGCGUACAGAGGAGCGCGCUGAGCUGUCAGAAGGCAAAUGCUCUGAGCUUGAGGAAGAGUUGAAAACUGUGACCAACAACCUGAAGUCACUGGAGGCCCAGGCUGAGAAGUACUCACAGAAGGAGGACAAGUAUGAGGAGGAGAUCAAGGUCCUCACCGACAAGCUGAAGGAGGCCGAGACUCGUGCUGAGUUCGCUGAGAGAUCAGUAGCCAAGCUUGAGAAGACCAUUGAUGACUUGGAAGAUGAGUUGUAUUCCCAGAAACUGAAGUACAAGGCCAUCAGCGAGGAGCUGGACCACGCCCUCAACGACAUGACUUCCAUGUAAUUUUUUUCAACUCGCUGCUUGCACUGCCAUGACCGUCCAGCCCCCGUUUGCACCUUGUUAACCUCCUCGAUCUCACUUUUUUUACGCCCAACUCAAAUCUCUUACUCCUGAAUUAUUGGCACCUUUGUUCUAUUUUUGUAAGUUAACUGCUUUGAAACGGAUAUCUAGUUUUCUCCUUGUCAGGGUAACUGAAACACAGCUGUUAAUGUCACAGAUGAUACUGUGUGCCUUAGUGUCGGUAUCAUUGUGUUGGUGAACACUUUACACAGGACUGUAACGUGCAUGAAUGCAACACAGCAUGAGAUUUUGUUCAAACUUUACUUUUCAAAGUAAUUGAUACUUGAUUGUGGAUUUUUUUUUAAAGAAAAAUCUGCCUAAAAUAUCAAUGAAAAUGUUAAAUCGUAGUUUAACAUUUGAAGUGAUGCAUGCAUUUAUUUUCAUUGAAAAGUUAGACUGUGAUAAGAGAAGCACUUCCAUGAAUCUGUCGUGCAGCAUUUCUCUUGACAUGGUUUACUAAUAUGGCCUUCUUCCGUUCAGAAGAAAAGGCCCCAUGUUUGUUUUGACGUCUCGUUGUUCAGUUCUACCACCCGACGAUUCGCAGUCAGAGUUCAGCAUGUGUGCAGUUGACCCCCAGUUUGCUAAACGUCCCUUAAAUUUGAUACCGGGUCAGUUUGGCACCUCUGGAUUGAUCCUGUUUGAUGGAGUCGGUGCAUUUCUAUCGUGCGUUGUUGUUGUUUUGUGGUGCCGUGCUGUGACUCCUGCGACUCUGCUGUGGCGCACAUCUCAAAUUGGCAUCGGCCCCCCGCCACUCGGCCCCCCCGGUUCACUGUACCUCUUCUCUUCCACACAGAUAAAUUGUUUACACCUCAUCAAAGACGCCUCCCGCCGGAUGAGCAGCGUCUGUCUGCUCUCUCCAGCCUUCUCUCCAUUUUCCCUUCCCUCUCUGUCUUUGCUUUCCUUCCCUCCUCGUGUUCUCAUGUCAUCGUCAACUGCAUCCCAUCACUUGUACAGAAUCCUAGAAACUUUCUGCGUUGUGUAAAAAAUAAACGUCCUUCCUUCUCUGUAUCCUGUAUCUCUUUACUUUUUCCUCUUUUAGUUUCUAUUUAUUUUUGAGUGGCUCUAAUAAAACCAGAAAGCCUUGA